CUGAAGGGCUUCAGUCAGUCUCGAGCAUGGAAUCAAACCAAACACCACUCACUCCAACCCCAAGGAGUAGGAUUUGUGUAAGUCGCCGUGCCACUACCUUCACCGAGCAACAGCUUUGAGUUGUUAGUUCUCCCGGUUGUUGGAGAAGUACCGUCCCAGAUGACCGUUUAACCUGCCCAGGUGAGGACCAAGGAGGCGUAUUAUCAUGAUGAUGGCGAUUCUCUGUCUAGUCCGGGCUGUGCUCGCAUGUACGAACAUUGGUGCCAGUUAGUGCAUGGAAGUGGUUGUAGAACACACCAAAAAAGUGGGUGUGAAAGUAUUCUUCUGACGCUCUUUGGCAGAUCUCGCACAGAACGGAGUCAUCAUCAAUAAAGGCAGAAAAUUGCAGUGACACGGGAGUGAUCGAGGACAAGGGUGUUGUUCAACAUUUGGCCUAAAAAGCUAGUAACCACAUGCGUACUCCAGAGUCACCGCAAUCCAAGAACAACCAGCCAGCCACCUUGCUUGGCUCCUCGAUCCUCUUCUGUGAUAAUUCCGCCCACCAUUGCAACUCUUCAAAAACAAUAAGUGACUGACUUAUAAAAUGGCUUUUCAAGUAAAUGGAUUGGUCCUCUGGACAGUGACCUUUUUUGCGCUGGUAAACACCCAACGAACCCCAACCAUCUCAUAUAUCACGACUCCGGAUAUUGUGACCAAAAUCGGAGGCGCCAUAGAGAUGGAUUGCUCAGUGUUGUAUGCCACCGAAUAUCCCGUUCUCUGGGUUAAGUUGCCUCAAGAUUGCAAGGGGAUUCGCAACGGAGACUACCGCAAUGCAGAAGCUGAAUCGUGCACCCCAAUCCCUUUGAGUUCGGGAUCUGCCCUCAUUGUGAGGGACAAUCGAUUUAGUAUGAGGUACGACACGGCUAGUUCCACCUUUACGCUUCAAAUCAAAGACGUCCAAAUCACAGACGAGGCCGUGUACCAAUGCCAGAUCAUUGUAGGCAUCAAUAAUAAAGUGACUAAGCACAUUUCGUUGACCGUGAGUCAACCUCCCGUGAUCGCAGACAAUUCGACACGUGCAGUUGUGGUCCAAGAGAACGCCCCUGCUGAGCUCAUCUGCCACGCCGUGGGGUCACCGCCCCCUCGUGUGUCUUGGCGCCGCGAGAAUAAUGCCAUCCUACCCACAGGGGGCAUCCAAUACCGUGGCAAUGUGUUGAAGAUCCACUCGGUAAAGAAAGAGGAUCGAGGUACAUACUACUGCGUAGCCGACAACGACGUGGGGAAACCAGCUCGGCGGAACGUGGCCGUCGAGGUCGAGUUCCCACCCACUGUCCGUGUGGCCCAUUCAAAUCAGGUUAGCCAAGCUUUCGGCUACUCGGUGGAGCUGGUGUGCCACAUCGAGGCCUACCCACCUCCCUCCAUCAUUUGGGUUCAUGACGAUAUCCAGUUGGCCAACAAUCAGUACUAUGCAGUGGACGGAGGCUACACCACUACAGAUGACUUCACGGAGACCUCGGUGAAGAUCAAAUCCCUGGGCGUCCGACAAUUGGGAUCCUACUUUUGUCGUGCUCAGAAUAAAUUGGGGUCUGGUGAGCAGGAGAUCGUUCUAGAACAAAGCUACACUCCUAAUUGUGUAAUUGGGAUCUGUGACGACUACACAUCCACUGCCACAACCGGUUACUCGUCACCAUCGCUCAGAGUGGCCAUUCUCGGACUGAGUGCACUUUUCCUAAUGAUCUUGGAAUAAUUCGAUGAGAUGCGCUGUACAUGUGUGUGACCAUGUCAAUACUCAAAAUCUAAUCCAAAACUUGGGUCACUCA